UUAGGGCGGCCGGGGAUCGCCCUCUUGCGCUCGGGCCGGCCGGGGCUACCGGCUUCCUCUGGGGUCUCCUAGCCUCGUCCCGCCCCGCCUCAGACCGGCGUUCAUCAAGCCUGCCUGGUCCCGGGUUCUCCGUCGCCGCCCUCCGGGAGUUGUACCCCGACUGGGGCCUAUAGCCGCUCACUCAGCGACCUUGUUCCAGUCUCUGCGUGACGCUCUCCUCCCAGCCCUCCGUUGGUUUUCUGCAUCUCUUGCAUCGCCGGAGACCCUUAGGGCCGAGGGGAGCUGCUCUGCACUUGAGGGAAAAGAGACACAGACGGUGGCCUGUCCAGAGUGUGACACUUAGUGCUUGUCAGUCCCCCAUGGCCCCGUGGAGCCGAGAGGCGGUUCUCAGUCUAUACCGGGCUCUGCUGCGCCAAGGCCGAGAGCUUCGCUACACUGAUCGAGACUUCUACUUUGCUUCCAUCCGUCGUGAAUUCAGGAAAAAUCAGAAGCUUGAGAAUCUAGAGGCUCGGGAGAAGCAGCUGGAGAAGGGCCUGGUCUUCCUCCGUAGCAAACUUGGAGGUCUUGUUUAG